GAUAAAAGGUGCCUCAUCAGGGAGGCGAGUGUUUAGAUCACACCUGGAGUUGCUGCCGUGUACAAUCCUGCUGCAGAUUGAGAUCCAGAAUCAGCGAUUUGACAGUCUCUGAGAUGUGGCUCUUGAUUUUCUUAGUCUGCCUGCUCAUAUGUGCAGGUAGCAUAUACUGGUACCUGUUUGGGAAACCGAGCCCCUUCUCGCUGGACUCAGUCAGACCGCCUGCACCACGGGAGUUUGAUCAGAAGAAGCGCGACAAAGUCAUCAAGCAAGGUUUCAGUCUUGACAAAGUGCCCAAGAACCUGGAUGUCAUUGUCAUCGGCAGUGGUAUUGGUGGUCUGACGGCUGGAGCCACACUGGCCAAAGCAGGAAAGAAAGUGCUGGUGCUGGAGCAACAUGACCAGGCCGGAGGCUGCUGCCACACUUACAUAGAGAAAGGCUUCGAGUUUGAUGUCGGGCUUCACUACAUUGGCCAGCUCCAUGAGAACAGUCUGCUGCGUAUCGCCUUUGACCAGAUCUCAGAGGGCCAGCUGGAGUUUCACCAGCUCGAUCAACAUUUUGACACCAUUCAAAUCGGCCUGGGCAACGAAAAACGAGAGUACACGAUCUACUCUGGGAAAACUGAGAUGAAAGCUCACCUGAUGAAGCAGUUUCCUGAUGACACAGAAGCCAUUGACAAGUUCUUUAAAAUCAUGAAGAUAUCAGCUAAGAAGACGCACUAUCUGGCAACUCUCAAGCUUAUCCCGCAGUGGGUGUCUUUAUUCCUGCUGAAGUCAGGCAUUGCAGACCUCAUCUCUCCAGUUUUCUGCCUCUCUGGCACAUGUGCAACAGAUUUUGUGAACACCCUGACCAGCAACAAGGAUCUCCAUACCAUCUUUUCUUACUUUUUCUAUGGUGUGCCACCAAAGGACUCCAGUGUCCUGAUAAAUGCCCUCAUGAUUCAUCACUACAAACGAGGAGCGUACUACCCUAAAGGCGGGGCCAGUGAGAUUCCUUUCCACAUCAUUCGCACCAUUCAGAAAUAUGGAGGAAACUGCCUGGUGAGAGCUCCUGUCUCCCAGAUCCUGGUUGAUGAAGAGGGAGCUGCUUAUGGUGUAAAGGUGAGGAAAGGUCAAGAGGAAGUGGAAAUUCAUGCACCUGUGGUGGUUUCAAACUGUGGAAUCUUCAACACCUUCCAGAAACUUCUACCCCCUGAGAUUCAAGCCAAACCAGAUAUUCAGCAACGACUGAACAUGAUGAAACAUGGCAGAGGGUCAUUGUUAGUCUUCUCUGGCUUUGAUGGAACAAAGGAGGAACUGGGCCUCGUUUCCACUAAUUUCUGGCUGUUCAAAGACAAUGAUAUGGACAAGUCGAUGGAGGACUUCUUUGCAUUGAGCAGAGAGGAAGCACCUGAUAACAUCCCCAUGAUGUUCAUCACAGUACCAUCUUCUAAAGACCCUGAAGCCAAGAUAAGACAUCCUGGAAAAUCCUGCAUGACAAUACUCAUCAUGGUUAACUAUGAAUGGUUUGAGCAAUGGAAAGACACUACUGUGCGUAAAAGGGGUGAUGAAUACUACAACUACAAAAUGAGAUUUGCUAAAAACCUCUUUGACUGGGCCUGCACUGUGUUCCCUAAAAUUAAAGACAAGUUGGUUUUUCAGGAUGUGGCGACGCCACUGACAAACAUGCACUACCUGGGUGCUCAGCAUGGAGCCAUGUACUCCGCUGAGCAUAACCUGGAACGUUUCCAUGCUCAGGCCGUAGCCAAAAACAGAUGCAACACCCCAGUUAAGAACCUCUACAUUUCAGGCCAAGAUGUGUUCAGCUGUGGGAUAGCUGGUGCUCUGCAUGGCGGACUCCUCUGUGCCUGUGCUGUGUUGGAUCGCAUUAUCUACAUUGACUUGCUCCUCCUCAAGAUGAAGCUGAAGAGAAGGAAAGCCAGAGAACUGGCAAAGCUGGCGCAGAAGAAACUCCAGUGAAAUUGCUCUCUUCUUCCCCUGCAGCACAAAAACGGAACUACACAAAUAGGGUACAACAGGACCCUGAAAUAUUGUGGGAAGCUCACGAGAACACAACACUUGUUUAAAUUCUCAAAUCAUAAUUUUUUUGAUGGACAGGAUGCCUUGUUUUUAUUAAGGGAAAUAAUCCACUUGCAAUGAAGACUCAAAUUUAAAUAGAUUUUUGUUUUUUUGUUUGAAAUGAUCAUUAUAACUGUGGCAGAUACUAAAAUAAAGGCUGUAGCCUGCUGGUUGACUCAUAAAAAUUCAGAGUUUUUGCAUCACAUCCAUUUCUCACCUUGUUUGGCUUUAAGGUUUUCAUAGAUGCUAAUCACAAAUUAUCUUAACAAUACAUUUAAUAAUCCAUCAGGUACUUACAGAUGUUUUCACUUGUGGCUGUUGUGCUGUUAACAAAUACUGAAAGCAAUUUUUAAGAAAACUGCAAUGCUGUAAUAUUUAAAUUAAUAUUUCUUAGGGGUGGGGAUGGUUUUAUGAGAAAUGUGUAUAUAUUCGUACUUUUUUGUGUGCACAUAAAACAAAGAUGCAGGAUUUUCACAAAUUACCAUAUCAAUCUUUCAACAAUAAUUUUUUUAUAGUGUCAUGUCAAAAAGUGUAUUAUUUUUGCUGUUUAUUUAAAGAUAAUUUACAGGUGAACUGAGAUUAUAAGGCCCCUGUGGGUUUAGUUGCCACCUAUGUUGUUCUGACCUGACUUCUAACCCUCGUUUUGUUUGUUUAACUGCUGAAAUCAAACAUAUGAGGGGAAACCUCAGACUUCCUGCAGCAAGUGAACAUUUCCUCAGUAAACGGUGGGCAGAUUGGUUGACAAGCUGUGGUUUGUAGAGGACGACUGGGGGGAUCCGAGGAGAAGAAUGUCCCCUCUGUCCAGGCAGACGGUGGUAUGUCAGCACCUCUCUCCCUCCCUGUUAGCCUCCAAUCCCUCUGCUCUACAAACCCUGGAUAGGCUCCUGCUGCAGCUAAAGUUACAGUAAAAAAGCUGCAAGCUUUACUAUCUUUCAGACAAUGCUUUAGAAUAAAAAGGGCCAAAAUUAAAUUCAAGGAAUGAGGAGCUAAUUAUACUGACUGUGUCUGGCUGGAACUUCAGUACACCAAAACUUGUAAUUACCAUGGCAUGAUAAAGUGCACAACAUCCCCCGAAAUAACUAUUACUUUCCUACUCUGAGUUCUGACUGACUCACAGACCAACUUAAAUUCAGUUUUGCCCUUUUUUCAGUUCAGGAUUCAAGUUAACUCAUCCUUUUUUUUCUAGUGACGUGGCUUCAUGGGAGUCAGCCUGUCGGAUGGUUGGCCCGUCCAUUAAUUUGCACCAGCCUGAACUACUGGAUGCAGCUCAAGGUGCCCAGAGAAAGACUCUUCCAAGAGUGUACAUUGUUGUUUUGAAUGACAAAAACCACUGCACUGAAACAUGUUUAUGUCCCCUUGAUUAUUUUGUCCAACAUGACCUAAUUUACAUAAACCUAAACUAUACCUCAUGACCUAUAAAAGUAAUUAAAUGUCCAUCAAUCUAUGCUAUACUUUUUUUUCCUUACUAAUAUGCUAAACUGGCAGCCUUUGUAACAUUACACCUGCAAGCUGCAUGUUCUCCCUGUGCUAGUGCAGGUUUCUCUCAGGACCUCCAGGUUCUCCUGCAAUGAAAAUCUCAGUUAGUGCUGCCUACGCAUGGUUAAAUCUCAAACCCAACCCUGAAACUAAAGUUGGUGUUCUUGUCUUCUUUAAUACCAAUACAGAUUACUUUAUUUGGAGGUUUUACAGUUCCAGCAAUUCUAAUAAUUUAAACCUACUUUCAACUUAUCACAAGUAAAAGUUUGUUCCUGUGUAAAUCCAAAAAGUAAAUAACAGAGAACAAAAACUAAAGGGGUUAUUUCCUCUCAGUUUUCACUAAAAAUACAACCACAUUCUGAAAAGAAAAUUAUGUGACCUAAAGUGGGCAGAUCAUAGGAGAAAUUUUAGGUUUUCUUGACCAGCACAAGCACCACCUCAACCCCCUUUCUCCUUUUUCCUCUCACAGACGGCUCCCACAUGUUUAGACAUGCUCUUGCAUCAGGAGAGGCCCAGAGGGUCAAAUUUUAACAAAAGCAGUCCGUUCUUUCCACUGCUUUGACUACUCUGCAGAUCUACACCGUUAAAUGAGUGCCGCUGUGAUUGACUGGCAGUCCAGCGACACAACCACCUUAAGAAAAAAAGAAAAAGCAUUUGCAUAAAACAGACAGCAAACUUGCAAACACUGAAGCAGCAGGCUUGGCUCAGCGAGUAGUCAUGUUACCAGGCUCUCGUUUCUGUGCUUCAGCCAGAUUUUCUUCUUUUCCAGAUGUUGGAGCUCCUCCCUGCUGGCCGGCCACAGCCUCCCACAGCUUGCACUCAGCCAGCAACCACAGCUGCUACCAAUAUGAGAACUCUGAGAAGAAAGUUUUAGGCGACACAGAGGAGAGGAAGACCCAGUCUGAAGUUUGCACUUAGGAUCAGACUGGGCUUAAAGGCAAGAGCAGGUGAAAAAAAAGAGCCAGCUGAGUUAGGGUCACUCCUACUUUACUAACCCAUCAUAGUUGAUGUUCUUUAAACUUAGCUGUAAUAUGUAAACCCUUUUUUUCACCCUCUAGUAUUUAAAAACAAAACUUUCAGCUGUUUUCCUGCUUUGCAAAGAUCAUAAACUUCUUCUGUGAUUUCGAUAAAACGCUGAUGUUUGGGGCCAACUCUCUGUUGAGCUAAAUGGAAAAUCUAAGGAAAAUGGCAGCUUCCCCAACUCACUUUCGUCUGCAUGAAAAUCCUUCCACAAUCUGAAACUAGUUGUUAUGUCUUUACACUUAGAGCUCAAACAAGUUUUGAAUGUUAAUUGUUUGCAUGAAUUAUUUCAGGGUUUGCCUUAUUCAGAAUAAACUUACUGCAUAACC